CGGUGGUUCGGAAGGGCUCACGAUUCUAAGAGUCGAUAACCCUUCAGUGAGCGAAAAUUAUGGAAAGAAUUGACCGCAGAGCAUCUUGAAGGCUAAUCAAAAGGGGGCCUUUCAAUAUUCAGAUGCUUUUAGGAUGAAAAUAUGCCAAUGGCGGAAACUGAAGUCCGAGGCUCUCUUCUUGAUCCUCCGAGUACGUAUUUCGUGGACUCUCGGGGGGCAUCGUCUUCUCUCUGUUACCACCUCAUUCGGGAUCAAGAAGUGUGUCACAUCAUGCUUCAUCAGCCGGUUCGGCCUCUCUUGUACACCGUGGUGCAGUGCCCUAAACUUCCCGGGAUCGGCUAAAAGCGCACAAAGAAUAAAGAAAGCAACUUAGGGGCCCGAAAGCCCCUGACCAGGAGUCUCUUCAUAAGCCCUUAGUUGAUUCCUAGGCUU